AUGAAGGCAGCAGUGACCCUCCUAGCUGUCUCUCUCCUUCAUGUCUGCUCUUCAGUCCCUGUUGGACGCCCCACCAACUGGCUCAGACAAUGUCGCGCCUCCACCAACCUCUCCAUCACAGCACUGGAGGUGUUGCCAGGCGGAGGCUGGGACAAUCUCCGCAACAUGGAUAUGGGCCGAGUCAUGAACCUCAGCUACUUCCAGUGCCAGACCACUGAGGAUGGGCUCUACCUCAUCCCAGAUGAGGUGUUUGUCAUUCCCCACAAGGAGACGGGUGUGGAGACAAACUCAGAGAUAAUCAACUCCUGGCUGGAGCAGAAAAGCUCUACAUCUCACUCCAUAAAUGCAGACAUAUCCUUUCUCCCAGUGCUGAAUGGGAAAUUCUCUACAGAGAACCAGAGGAUGAAAACCCAUCAGGUCAAAGACUCUUCAACUACAGCCAGAGUGCAAGUUCGUAACUUCAUCUACACAGUUAAGGCUUAUCCGGACUUCACUCUGGACGCUCGCUUUGCUCAACAAGCCAAAGAGAUAGCUGAUGCAAUUGAAAACAACCAAACAAGGAAUGCAAACUAUCUCUCAGAGAAGAUGGUGCUGGACUAUGGAACCCAUGUUAUCACUAGUGUUGAUGCGGGGGCUACUUUGGUGCAGGAAGACUACCUCCGUUCCUCAUACGUGUCGGACAGUGUGGCAGAAAGUUCCUCAAUCAAAGCACAGGCAGGGUUAAACUUUUUUGACAAACUCAAGUUUGACAUAAGCAGUCACAGCGCCCAACAGAGCUCAUCACUUCAAACGUAUCAGUCCAACAUUCAGUACUCUCUUAUCCAAAGCCAUGGUGGCGGCACACCUUUCUAUCCUGGCAUCACUCUGCAGAAGUGGCAGGAAAGUACCAGGAACAACCUGGUGGCUAUUGAUCGGUCAGGAUUUCCCCUGCACUACUUUAUAAAUACCAACACCUUCCCUGACCUACCACAGCCUACAGUUGGCAAAGUGGCUGUUACAGUGAGUCAGGCCAUAGAGCGAUACUACAAGGUCAACACGCGGCCUGGAUGUGUCAACAUCGACUCCAAGAACUUUAACUUCCAAGCCAACGUUGAUGAUGCAUCCUGUGAGGGCCCCGCUACAAACCUCAGUUUUGGUGGUGUUUACCAGCAGUGUAUUCCCCUUAGCUCAGAUGCAGGUCCUAUAUGUGAUGCCCUGGCCCAGAAAAACCCUGAAACUGGUGACUUCUCCUGUCGUCCGCCUUACUCCCCCAAUUUACUGAGGUCAGAAGAAAGACAGCAGGGUUACACUACGUAUGACUGCUAUGAUGAAACCUACAGUUGUGGGUUUCUUGGGUUUUUUGAUUGCCAUCGUCAAGUGUGUCAGGACAACUACCACGUUCGCUCUGCUCGCAUCAACACCUACUGGUGCUCUGUAAACGGACAGGCCCCAGACAACUCUGGGUAUCUGUUUGGGGGAAUAUAUAGCCCCUCUCUGCUGAACCCCCUCACCAAUGCCAAAAGCUGCCCCCCGAACUUCAUUCCAGUAAAGUUUCUCUCAGAUGGCCAAGUGAUCUGUGUGAGUAACGACUAUGAAACUGCCACCAGAUACUCAGUACCAUUUGGAGGCCUCUUCAGCUGUCAGUCAAGCAACCCAUUAGCAGGGUUCCAACGUCGCUGUCCUCCCAAGUUCAGUCAGCACCUCGCUACAGUGAGCGACGGCUGUGAAAUUCUUUACUGUGUCCAGUCAGGACUGUUCACAGGUGGGCAGCUGCUUCCGAUCCAUCUGCCUCCUUUCACUAAACGUCCUCUUGUGAGCAUGCAAGCCACAAACACGGUCCUUGUGAUGACUGAAGGAGAUAAGAGCUGGGUCAGAGUGGGGCAGACCAAGGCGUGGAAACUGGCCAAACCAGAGGAAAUCAAGGACAUUUUAAAGAAGCUUAAUCCUGAACUGAAUCAGAUGUCUAGUGGAGAAAAAGCAGGGGUUGCCUUUGGUGUGAUAGGUUUAAUGGUGCUGGUGGUAUUGGCAGUACUCCUGGUGAAGAGAAGGAGGAGGCUGUCUGGGUUUAGGACAACUAGAGGCUAUGAGGAAAUACGUGGAGAGGUUGACAGUCAUGAAGGAGAGAGGGAGACACAGCAGGAUGAGGCUUGAGAAAAACACACAGCUUAGAGGCUUGGCAUCCAGAGAGGUUAAUCUGGAGUGACAAGUUUUGUUUGAAAAUUCCUUGUCGAUUGUCAGCCCACAAAUCACUGUCAUGCAUCCUACAGGAAUGAAAAAUGUUCAUAUGUUUAAGGGCUCCUAGUUUGAAUCAGAUGGCCUUUGCUUUAAUUAUUAUUCUUUUGGGAUGUUUAUGAAACCAAUUAGUAAUUAAUUUAUUGGCUUUUUUCUAGUAACCAGAUGUGUACCUUGCAUUACCAACUUUAGACAAUACCAUAUUAUGUUAGAGCUAAGAAACAUUUACAGCAAUCUGCCUUUGAACAGAAAAUGGCACAAAGCAGAAGUGAUUGCCAAACGCAACAGUGAACCAAUACUGCCCUCAUAAGGCCAAUGUGCACAAUGCCAUGUGUUACGGCUGUAUGUGUUUCCUUGUACCGUUUGUCUCUUUUCCUCUUCUGUCCUGUAUUUCUGCCCCAGAUGUGCUACAUUUGUUAGCUUAAUGAACCAAACUGACCUGGGAAUGAUGACCUCAUGGCGUCCUGCGCCAUUAUCAGAACAGAGAGGCUUGUGGGAAUGGGUAAUGCUGGGCUUUUUCAGUUUAUGCUUUUGGUACUCUAGAUUUAUUGUUUGUGUGUCUUUAUAUUAAUAAACCAUAGAAUUGUUUUUUUUAAAGGUGUUUCUUUGUGGUUGGUUUGAGUCAGUAUUGGAGUGCUUUUUGCAACAUAGAACUGCCUAAGAGUGUGGCAUAACGCAUAUAGUAUUUAAACAUUUUUAUUGCCAGUUUAAGAACUUGAAUACUUUGUAUGUCUUUGUUCAUAAAACAUUUUGUACUUCAUAAAUAUUUUUACAGAUAACAUUUUGUAAAGCCCUUUUUUCAACCUGAAUAAAAUAAUCAUGGGAUUAAAAUGU